CAAAAAUCAACACCUCCAUCUUCUUCCCCAAUCCAUAGAAAAAUGGAAGCAACCCUUUUCACCCUCCCGUCCUCCAAAUUCCCACCACCGGCUUCCACCGCAGUAUCCCUGAAAACCCAUUUCCACAACCCACUUCUCCUCCAUUCCACCACCACUUCCCACCGUAAACCCAACCGCGUACCCCUCACAAUCCGCUCCGCAAUCAGCCGUACAAAGAAAGAAGAAACGAUCGAAACAGUCAAAGAACAGCUCCAAGACUGCUACCUCAUCGCCGGCAUCAAAUACCAAGGCUUCACCGUCCAACAAUUCCAGCAGCUCCGUACAACCCUCCCGGUAACCACCAAACUCAUAGUUGCAAAGAACACAUUGGUCUUGAAAGCAAUUGAAGGCACGCCAUGGGAAGCAUUGAAGCCGUGUAUGAAGGGAAUGAAUGCGUGGAUGUUUGUUCACAGCGAGGAGAUUCCGGCUGCUAUUAAACCCUACCGGACUUUUCAGAAAGAGAAGAAGCUAGAAGAGAAUGAUUUCAGUGGAGCGGUUUUUGAAGGGAAGUAUUAUCCACCGGAGGAGUUUAAGGCGUUGGAGACUAUGCCGACGAGAGCGGAGGUUUAUGCGAACUUGUUGGGUUCUUUGAAGGGCCCUGCGACGUCGGUGGUGGGGACUUUGCAAGCUCCGGCGAGGAAUUUAAUUAUGACAUUGAAGGCGUAUGUGAAGAAAUUGGAAGAAGAGAGUGGUGCAGAGCAAUGAUAAGGCUCUCAUGUUACAAAUCUGGUAAGCAUAUUGAAUCCAAAGAUGAUCUUGUGAGCAUUUUAUGUUGGAUUGUAAAGUGUUUUUAAGAUUUAGAAGCCCUCUGUUGUUAGUUUAAACUGAUGACUUUGGAUUAAAUUUGGACCUUUUUGGGUGUUUUGUGGUGUUAAGUCAUUGAUUUUAGAUCAGAUUUUGACCUUAUAGGUGUUGUGUUUUUCGCUUAAACUGGUUUUAUAACAUAAGGAGUAGAGAUUUGAGAUAAAAAUUAGGCAUUUUGGGUGUCAUGUUAUAUAGUUUUUAAAUUGGUCUUUUAUAUGAAAACUGGUAUCACUAACAAAAAUCCAACUUCUAAAACAAAAAAUUGUUAACCAGUAAAUAGUAAAUAGCAAUGUUCUUGUCAUUAGAUAUUGGAUUAUGGCAAUAGAGUUAUAUAUUUGAACAAGAAAGUUCACAUCGAUUUUGUCUUGCAAGAUUUUGGGAAUUGACUUCCAAAGUCAACAUACAAACAGAAUUUCAUCAUAAGCAAACCCGAAUCUGAGAAUCUGGAUGAUUAGAAUGGAUUUUGAAUUGAAAUUGAGUUAGAGUUGCAUACUAUGUCAUAUAAUAUUAUUGAUUGAAAAACAAAAAUGAAUUUGUUUUUCAAGUUAGCAAUAAAUUAACAAGAAAUAUUAAAGGGUUUUUACCAUCUUAUAUGUGAUCAUGUUGUACACAUCAUUUUGUUGCAAAAUAAACAUAUUCAAAUACCAUCUUAAAUGUCGUUUGUGAGAUCACAUAUUCAAAUACUUCAUCCACAUUACAAACAAUACAAGAUUCUCUUUGUUGAAAAUAUUGGUGUGCCAAAAUAGGUUUAAACGAUCUUUAGACCAAACAGAACCUACAAAAACCAAUUUCUUAUAUUUAAUUAUGUACAAUAAAGUUAUAUUUAAAUCCAAGAUUAGUAUUGUUCAGUUAAAAGUUCGGUUAUCGGCUUAAAUCUUCUUGUGAAUUCACUAAUGUCCUAAAAAUCGAAUUCAGGAUGACCAAACCAAACUGAUUAGAAUUUAUUUUUCCUUUUAAUUUUGUUACUCUUGAAUUAGCUUGAUCAGUUUUUAGUUUGAGUUGAGAUCUAUUCAAAUAAAGGAAUCUGAACUAAAAUAGCAUAAUUUAACCAAUAGGCACGCUAGUUGAAAACAUUGUCUUGGCAAACUUUCUAUUCCUUAAUUAACAACAAUAUAACAGCAAUUCCAUAUUUU